AUGUCUUGUGGGGCGUUGUCGCGCCUCUUUUGUCUGGCGCGGCAUCGUGCCUCUUCGCUGAAGGCCGCUCAGCCAUGCUCCUCGUCCGGCUCUGCGGCCGGGCCGAAGGUGGGGUUGGCCCACUGCGAUGUCGACGUGCGGCGUCUGCUUGAUUCUGUUUUGGCGCAGCUGCAGGCGGAGCCGCGCCGCUGGCUGCCCACCACAGCUGAGAAUGAGUUUGUUGAGCUGCUGGACAAGAGUGAUGCCCCCGAGUCUCCCUCGGCGCAGUCCGUUUACAUGCUUCUUGCCCAGCGUCGUUUUGCUGCGAAACCGGGAGCAAGUUCCGUGGCGCUGAACAUCACUUCAUUUGCGGAGGUGACGCCGCGGUUUGAUGGGGUGUGUGUCCUGCGCAAACCGAUGGGUAGUAGCAGCUUGAUGCAGCGCCUCAUUGUGCCGGUGGGAAUGCGCGUUGCGCUACAUGGUCUAUUGCGUGCUUUGCUGGAUGCUCUGGAGCACGCCGGUGUGACGUGCUGGGCUGUUGGUGGUACUUUGCUUGGCGCCAUGCGUCACGGCCGUAUCAUUCCCUGGGACGACGACGUUGACUUGGGCAUUGCGUCCGCGGAUGAGGCGAAGCUUCGGGCGGCUUUUGACUUUCCCAACACGGAUAACGCGGCAACGGACCUUGUACUGGAGUACGUGCCUAUGUUUGGUUACAAAGUCUACAGCCGCUCACUACCACCGCCGUCGCGGGAUGGCGCUGCCGCGUGCAUGCGUUACGGUUACUUUAUCGACAUCUUCAUUCUGGAGGAGCUGCAGGGGCGCUUCUGCUUUGCACGGGGGGAGGCGAAGCAGACGUGGCCGAAUGAGUGGUGGUAUCGUGAGGAAUUGUUUCCUUUGACGCGUGUGCCGUUUUAUGCCGCGCCGUCGGAUGGUCUUGCGAUGCUCUGGCUUCCGGUGGCGCACAGCCCCCGUCCGCACCUGCAGAGGCUCUACGGUGCCACCUGCAUGGAGGAGGCCGUUGUCCCGCGCGAGUUGCAUGGCCGUCUGCUUAGUCACCCGCUGCAUAUACCAAUGGCGCUGUUUGAAGAGGUGUGA